AUGUGUACCCAAGUGGCUUUAGAUGCCUUGAUCAGCAACGACUUCGGGGGAUCAAAAAUUAACUACGACUUGUAUGAAUUUCCUUUUGAGGCUCAAGAGCAUGAUGGUGAAGGGUCCGGGCCAAUGGUGUGCCUGCUGUCGUUGAAAUCAGGCUUUGCCACUAACAUUCUGGGCUCUGCUGUCCUGCUGCUUGUAUUCCAGCUGGUCUGCUCACAGCCCUCUACUGAGCACAGAAAGGUCCCGCAGCGGACGGAGGCGGCCGAGGACGCACUGGAGGACGGCGGGGCGGCCCCGGGCGUGUGGGGCCCCUGGGGCCCCUGGUCCGCCUGCUCGCGCAGCUGCAGCGGCGGCGUGAUGGAGCAGACGCGGCCCUGCCUGCCCGGGUACCGCGCGCGCGGCCGCGGCGCGCCCGCCCCGCCCGCGCCCGUCUUCGCGGGCGGCCACGUGGUGUCGGCGCUGCGCACGUCGGUGCCGCUGCACCGGAGCCGCGAGGAGCCCCGCACCCCGGCCAGGGCCGCCCGCCGCCAGGGCCCCGGGCUGAGGGGCAGCCGGCACCCCGCCCAGGCGCGGGGCCGCGACCCUGCAGUGGACAGAAGGAGCAGGACCCGAGGGCCCAUUGGCCCUGGGAAGUAUGGCUAUGGUAAGGCCCCAUACAUCCUCCCGCUACAGACAGGCCCUGCACACUCUCUGCAGAGGCUUCGAAGGCAAAGGCCCUCAUCCAAGCACUCCAGUUCUCAGGAAGCAUCUAGUCCUGGACUUGGCUUUAGCCCACUAGCCCAGAGUGGCCCUCGACAUGGGUCUUUAUACCAGAGUGAUAGCGGUCCUCGUUCUGCACUCCAGGCCUCAGAGACCUCCAUCUACCAUCUGCCACUGACCCAUGACUCAGGCCUUCCUGCAGCUUCUAGUCUCUUCCAUGGACCGGAAACAGGCAGCAACAUGGGGAAUCACAGGACAGCUCAGAGCUUCUCUCAGCCUGCCCGCUCUGCAGCCAUCUCCUGCAUUGGUGCCUAUCGGCAGUACAAGCUAUGCAACACUAACCCCUGUCCAGAAAGCAGUAGAAGUAUACGGGAAGUUCAGUGUGCCUCAUACAACAACAAACCAUUCAUGGGCCGGUUUUAUGAAUGGGAACCAUUUGCAGAAGUUAAGGGCAACCGGAAGUGUGAGUUGAACUGCCAGGCCAUGGGCUACCGCUUCUAUGUCCGGCAAGCUGAGAAGGUCAUUGAUGGCACCCCCUGUGACCAGAACGGUACGGCCAUCUGUGUGUCUGGGCAGUGCAAGAGCAUUGGCUGUGAUGACUACCUGGGGUCUGACAAGGUCGUGGACAAAUGUGGAGUGUGUGGAGGUGAUAACACUGGCUGCCAGGUUGUAUCGGGUGUGUUUAAGCAUGCCCUCACCAGCCUGGGCUACCACCGUGUUGUUGAGAUUCCACAAGGAGCUACAAAAAUCAACAUAACCGAGAUGCACAAGAGCAACAACUACUUGGCCUUGCGAAGCCGUUCGGGCCGUUCCAUCAUCAACGGCAAUUGGGCGAUCGACCGACCUGGCAAAUAUGAGGGCGGAGGAACCAUGUUCACCUACAAGCGUCCAAAUGAGAUUUCGAGUACUGCUGGGGAGUCCUUCUUGGCUGAAGGUCCCACUAAUGAGAUCUUGGACGUCUAUAUGAUCCACCAGCAGCCCAACCCAGGAGUGCACUACGAAUACGUCAUCAUGGGGACCAACGCCAUCAGCCCGCAGGUGCCACCUCACAGGAGACCAGGGGAGCCCUUCAGUGACCAGCUGCUGCCCGAGGGGAGAGGCCCAGCCGGAGAGGAGGAGGAGGAGGAGGAAGAGGAGGAAGAGGAGGAGAGAAGCCAGGAGCGGGAAGGCGCGCGCGGAGGGGCCCGGGAUGUGCUCACCUCUGACACCGCGCAGACCUUCCCGGUCAGGCUCCCCGACCGGUUCCCCCCGCAUCCCCCCGACAACGCGGUGCCCCCCGCCCCGCAGCCCCCGCGGCGGAGCCGGGACCACAACUGGAAGCAGCUGGGGACGACAGAGUGCUCCGCGAGCUGCGGGAAAGGGUCGCAGUACCCCAUCUUCCGCUGCGUGCACAGGACCACUCAGGAGGAGGUUCCCGAGAGCGCCUGUGACGCCAGCAUGAAGCCCACCCCCGAGGAGGAGCCCUGCAACAUCUUCCCCUGUCCGGCCUUCUGGGACAUUGGUGAGUGGUCUGAGUGCAGUAAGACCUGCGGCCUGGGCAUGCAGCAUCGCCAGGUGCUGUGCCGCCAGGUGUAUGCCAACCGCAGCCUGACAGUACAGCCCUACCGCUGCCAGCACCUGGAGAAGCCCGAGACCACCAGCACCUGCCAGCUGAAGAUCUGCAGCGAGUGGCAGAUCCGCACCGACUGGACCUCGUGCUCGGUGCCCUGCGGAGUGGGACAGCGGACCCGGGACGUGAAGUGUGUGAGCAACCUUGGGGACGUGGUGGACGAUGAGGAGUGCAACAUGAAGCUGCGGCCCAGCGACAUUGAGAACUGCGACAUGGGGCCCUGUGCCAAGAGCUGGUUCCUCACGGAGUGGAGCGAGAGGUGCUCAGCGGAGUGUGGGGCCGGCGUGCGGACCCGCUCAGUGGUGUGCAUGACCAACCACGUCAGCAGCCUGCCCCUGGAGGGCUGUGGGAACAACCGUCCCGCGGAGGCUACCCCCUGUGAUAACGGACCCUGCGCAGGCAAGGUGGAGUGGUUUGCGGGAAGCUGGAGCCAGUGCUCCGUGGAGUGUGGGGUUGGGAGCCAGCAGCGGGAGGUGGUCUGCGUUAGGAAGAAUGCAGAUGCCUUCCAAGUGCUUGACCCCCACGACUGUUCCUUCCUGGAGAGGCCCCCCAGCCAGCAGUCCUGUCACCUCAAGCCUUGCGGGGCCAAAUGGUUUCACACAGAGUGGAGCAUGUGUUCCAAGAGCUGCCAGGGCGGCUUCCGGGUACGGGAGGUGCGCUGUCUGGCUGAUGACAUGACUCUGAGCAGUCUCUGUGACCCUCCGCUGAAACCAGAAGAGCGGGAAUCCUGUAACACUCAGGAGUGUGUUCCGGAAGUUGACGAGAACUGCAGGGACCGCUACUACAACUGCAACGUCGUGGUGCAGGCGCGCCUGUGCGUGUACAGCUACUACCAGACGGCGUGUUGCGCCUCCUGCACGCGGGCCGGCCGGCGCCCCGGGUUCCUGGGCCGCAGAUAACCCCGCCGCCUGCGUCACCGU